AUGGGGGAGAAAAGGGGGGUGAAUCCGUACAGACGUGAAAAAUGGCGGUGCGACGAGGAGGAUCCCCUCUGGAGGGUCUACAUGAAGUCAUAUCUGGAGAGAGAGAGAAAACUUGAAAGGGACGACAAGUUCGAUCAUCGUCAGGCGAGUGAGCUUGCCAGGUUAUCCGAAAUCGUCAAUGGGGAUGUAACAUCGUCUCACUGCUUUACGCUCGAUACUUUCAAUCUCAGUGAGCGAACACGACUGCCUGACCGUCUCAAUUCCACCGAGAAAAUCAGGAUCUGGCGGAACAUGAAAGCGGAUACCCGAACUGACGAGGAAGACGUGCCGGAGGCAGGGAGAGUCGAGAAAAAAUUGUGGCCCUGUGUGUCCCGAGACUUCCACGAGGAUCAGAAGCUCCUGGGGUUCCUGGAGAGGCGGAAAUUGUUGGGGCUGUUGCCCUGUCAGGAGGGCUUUCCUGAUGGCCCUGACGAGCUGGAGAAUUUUGGAAAUUUCAAGGAGCUGGGUCACGCGAGGAUACCGGUGACCUGUCCUCGGGAUGAAAAGUUGUUGGUGGUGGAGCGAGCCUCUGGGGAACGACCUGGUCUUGUUGAUGGUGAUUAUAUAAUCGCUGAGGUGGGAUCGGACCCUGAGGAGCCUCGAAUCUACACACAAGUGUGCUUGAGGGGAACGAAGGGGAUGCAUCUGAUUGAGUUGAGUGGGGUGAGAGCGAAAGAGAAGACCUGGAAGUUCUGCUUCUAUCAGGCAAUCGUUGCUCUCCUGGCGAAGACCCAGUUGAGGUACAAAUACGCGACGAGCUCGAACGUCGAUUACAUCUACGAUCACGCGUGGAUGAUGUACAUUCACACGGGUAGUCUCAACGUCACGAAGAAACUCCACCUGGACGAUAUCGUUGUUUACAAUUACAAGUACUCGGGUGAGAUCACCCUGGAGGAUCAACUCAGUGUGCCCAAUGUUUCAGGCGUCUGGACAUUUCUGGAGCCAUCAGUGAAAAAGAUAAAGCUCCAGAGGCGUGGGGAACUCAUGAAGAUGACGGAAGAGCUCGGCUGGGAGAAGAUCAAUCACGAUAAUCCAGGCCCUGUCCACAGAGAUACCGCAUCAAUUGAGAAAUUCCUCGGGAGUAUACCAGACUGCUGUCACAAUUUCAUCCUGAGAACCUGGAGAUUUUGCCUGGCAAUGUGGAAAGAUGGUAAUUUCUGGUAUCUUUACAACCCCUAUCGCUGCGAUCCUCUCGGCUACUGGGAUGACCACGGCAGUGCAUGCAUAAUGAAGUUCACCUCGAGGAACACGUUAAACCGUCACACUGUUAUCCUCCUGCUGCGUGCCUGCGCUUGCAAGCCCAACCCUAUCAAAGCCCCUGAAGCUCCCGAAGAUCCCCUCCUAAUCCAGCUAUUCAAGAUAACGUACACCUGCGCCAAAAUUCACAAUCUCAAAUUGCUGGAGCGCACCCCACCAAAAUCGAGAGGCAAAAAAUCAUGGAAGGACGAGAAUGUCAAGCCACUCCCUGAAAAUCAUCCUAGCCCUGUCGAGAAGUCGAGCUGGCUCAAGACCCAGCACAUCAUCUGGACAAAGUGCACAAAGGAUGUAAAAAAAAUAAAGUGGCACGAGUACAACGUUGACGAGCCACACAGGGUAUUCUCCCUUUGGGGUGAAAUACAUCCGACGGAGGACAUAUUUUCACGGAAAAAUCGUGGAAAUCAGGUUUACGCUUGUUACGCUGUUGCUGCUGGUAUGACUCGUAUAAUGGCACCGGAAUAUUGGACUCCGAAGACGCUCGAUGCAAUAGUCAUGUGUGGAGACAGAUAUUACACGUUGAGUAGACAUCAAAGUGAUGGAGAUACGUCAAAGGGUGAAUUUGUUGCUGACUCGAGAAUGCGCUUGUUACGUCACUUCAAGAUCGGUGAUAUUCUCUUCGAGAUUGACAUUACGAAGGGCAUGACGGGUCGUCUCUACACCGAGGAGUCACUCUGGAAAAUUCUCGAGCAAUUUUUCCUCAAUCAUUCAUUCGUCAUAAUCACCUGCGAGAAUUCGUGUCUUGGAGUAUUCAAAUUGUCGGGUGCCUAUUUUAUGAUGGAUGUUGAUUCCGUUGGACCACCUGUUUUCACCCUUGGCGAUGGGGUGGGGUAUGUCGUCAGGGUGACGUCGUACAGGCGAUUGAUCGUCAGUCUGAUCGUCACUAUUGGAACGAUUGAGUGCAGCGUCUUUUGUAUUCGUCCUGUUGAGGUCCUGAAGAUCCUUGAUGUCGGCCCCUGAUUCACCACAAGUGCACAACAAACAAAACUGAUGUAGGUUUUCACGUCGGAGAUGAUGUCAUUCGGUACCACUGGAAGUUAUUCAUACGGGAAUCAAUGAGAAGCCUCUGGACUCCACUAUCGUCAGGUGCAUCAAUCGGUUGAGGAAUGACAACAGCACUUCCGGGAGUACAAUGUAAUGUUUCAAUUUAAAAUUACUCGAGAAUUGAAACUCUUAUCAAGUUGGUUAGAAGAACUCGUGUAAAGGAACGAGUGGAGACCCGUGCAAAUAGCCAGAGCAAAUGUGGAAACAAAAGGGGAAAAAUUUCAUUAUAAUUUUAUAAAUAUGUGGACUGCGGUUUCAAGAAAGGCUGCCGUUUUUUCUUCCAUUUUCUUUCAUUGAAAAUUGAAAAAAUUCAUGAAUCCUGAGUAAAUACAAUGGGCCAUUAUUUCCAUCAGGAAACAUAUUAUAUAUUUUCCAUCCUCGGAAAAUCUGGAAAAUUUGUCACUUGAUUAGUCUUCAAUGAGAGCAACUCCUUUCCCAUUACAUCUGUACUUCAGUGAAAAAAAUUGCGA